GCGAAACGAUGGUGAAAAUGAUGCGUAGGACUCACGUCAAUCUGGCAACAAAACAGUGCUGCUAUCUAUGUUGUCAACUUUGUUAUGUAGCCUACAAUGGAGAAUACUCGUGAGAUAAAUAUUUACGGUUAAUUAUUAGAGAAUGAAAAUAUCGGAUCCUUACGCGGUGUGGUGUGAGUGCAUUUUAUACAUAAGUGAUGGCCACAAGUGAUUCUGUCGGCGCGCGGCUCUGCUAUUGGACGCUCCGAUAUUUACAGUCGCAAUCCAACCAGUGGCCCGCCAUACAUUUUACAAGUGCAAUAAAGUGAAACGUCAAACGGGAUUGUUAUUCAUUUUCAUACAUAUGCACUAAGAAAACGUAUAUUUCGACAUUUAUUUAUCAUAUCAUGUAUUGUGUGGAGGUUAAACGCGAUCGUAAUGCUUUAUCACCUGUAACGUUUUGCAUUGUUGAGUCCUGAAUUUGACAUUUUUGUUCUGUGCGGGUUUACAGGACGCAAACUGAAGUGCCAUGUAGUGAAUGAUGUGACAUUCUACACAAUGUUGUUGCCGCGUUCUAAGUGUAAAGCAGUAGAAGGAUCGUGAACAUGUAGGUUGUGGACAAUUUAGCGAGAUGUCGUUGAGAGGCACAAAGCGGGCGACUGGGAUGCGCGGUGAUGAAGCCGGCGUAUCCAAGCGCCGCAGGACGGAGCCCGAGGAUGCUCUCUGGCAGCUCCGGCCUGUUAGUGACCUCAAGAUGUCAUCAAUAUAUAACAGGAGUGCCUCUGAGGCACCCGCAGAACUAUUCAGAAAGGACCUUAUCAGCGCCAUGAAACUGCCGGACAAUGAGCCCCUUACACAGUCUUCAUACUGGGUUAUUACCGACACGUGGAAGCAGGACUGGGAGAGAGGAGUACAGGUUCCUGUCAAUCCUGACUCCCUCCCCGCGCCCAAAGUCAAGAUCAUUGACAAUCCACAACCACCAAACUUCCAGGAGUUCAAAUUGCCUAAGGACAAAUAUAUUCACCUCGGUCGAGAUGCUCACUACCAUUCAGACAAACACAUACUGAGUCAAACGCCGGCGCGGGCCGAGGCCGCUUGUAGUUAUGACUUGGAUGCGGCUGACACUGCAUGGCUGAAACUGUUGAACGCAGAGCGCGCAAGGGCAGGCGCGCCGCCCGUCACAGAAGAUCAACUAGAAAAAGUCAUCGAAGAACUAGAGAUACGUAGCUGGGAUAAAAUCCAGGCUAUUGUCAAGUCUGAAGAAGGCCUCGGUAUCGAGUACGAUGAAAAUGUCAUCUGUGAUGUUUGCCGAUCUCCCGAUUCGGAAGAUGGCAAUGAGAUGGUAUUUUGCGACUCAUGCAACAUUUGCGUGCACCAGGCCUGCUACGGCAUCACCGUUAUUCCAGACGGUCAAUGGCUUUGUAGGCCGUGCGGAGACGGUGUCAGGCCUAGCUGCGUGCUGUGUCCCAACCUUGGCGGUGCCAUGAAAUGCACGCCAUCGGGUCACAAAUGGGCACACGUGAGCUGUGUGCUAUGGAUACCCGAGGUCUCCAUCGGUUGCGCGGAGAUUAUGGAACCUAUUACUAAGAUAUCUUCCAUUCCAGCCUCCCGCUGGUCUCUAGUUUGUGUUUUGUGUCGUAAUCGCAAAGGAGCUUGUAUUCAGUGUUCCGUAAAGACUUGUAAAACGGCAUACCAUGUUACUUGCGCAUUCAAACAUGGUUUAGAAAUGCGAGCUAUUAUUGAGGACGAAAACGCGGAUGAUGGUGUAAAAUUACGUUCCUAUUGCCAAAAGCAUAGUGUUAAUAAUUCAAAGAAAGAAAAGUGCCCAGGUUCAGGUCAGGAGGAGGAGGAUGAGAUAAAACGAAAGCGUAGGAAAGAUAUGACGUCAGAGGAAAAGACGCAAGCUCGAGCCGCUCGCUUGCAUGAGAUUGAGAGGGAGUUCGAUAAGCACGUUAGUGUUAAGGAUAUCAGUACACAUCUCCUGGACGUCGAUCAAGACGCCAUCAACUACAUUUACAACUAUUGGAAACUGAAAAGACGAGCAGGGCAUAAUCGUCCCUUGCUACCACCGAAAUCAGACGACACCGAGGUGCUAGCGCACCGACAAGAACAAGCCGACAUUGACAAGUUGAAGAUGUUCGUGCAGCUCAGACAAGACCUGGAGAGGGUCCGUAAUCUAUGCUACAUGGUGAGCAGAAGGGAAAAGCUCUCUCGCUCAUUCUUUCGAUUGAGAGAGCAAACGUUUCACAAACAAGUGGCUGUGUUGUCAGAGGCCGGCGAUAUUCCUGAACAGGAUUUAUCUGCAAUCAUUGAGGCUAAUCACGGACCUUCAAUUUAUGACAAAUUAUAUUCUCAUGAUAACGCUAAGGAUCAUAAGAAUGAUUUCGAUCAAGUAAUUGCCCGAAUCGCACCGGCGGCGGAAUCUGGUGACGAGAAGAAGAAGGAUCGUAAUGGACUAGUAAAAGGUUCGAAGUCUUCGAAUCCGUACAAGAAACAUUACGUAAACGGGUCUCGACGCAGUGGCAGUAUGUACAGCGGGAUGUCGAGUGAGGAGAGUGGGACAGAACUGGCGCGACCUGGUAGGUUCCGAGGCAAAACUAUCGGGUCUAGCACAGAUGAUGAAGGCAAAAGAGCUGGAGCAUCGCCAAAGAAAAAGGUAUCUCCUAAAAUUAAAGGUAAAAGAUCUCCUAAGAAAACUGAAAGGAAGAAGAAGAAGGUUCCGCAGUCUAAAGCUCUUAUUGAGAGCAGCAGUGAUGAAUCUAUAAAUUCCAGACUAAAGAAGGAUCGAUCUCGCAGCAAGACGUUGCAACAAAUGGAAAAAGAAAUGACUGCUGGAAAGAUGGGUCAGUCCGGCACAGAUAGCGAUGAUCUCAUGCCGAUUAGACCGACCAUGAGGAACAAUAAGUUCCCCAUCGACAUAUACUCCGAUAGUAGUGAAGACAACAAACCCGAUCUUACGACAGAAAAAGAAAAAGUUAAAACCGAGAAAAUUAGAUCUGAUAAAGACAAAUCGGAUAAACUUAAAGUUGAGAAGUCACCUAGUGGAAAUGAUUCACAGCAAUCCCUGCCGAGAACGAAAGCGGCUAUGAAAGAAUUCAUACCUACUCAACCUGAAAAGAAACCUACUAAGCAAGAAGCUCCAGAAGAAAAUAAACCGGUGCAGAAAAAGAGGGGCAGGAAACCUUCGAACAAAGACAAAAAGGUGCCGCCUACCAAAUUAGAAUCCGACGAUGAAGCUAAAAAUAAAGAAAAUAUUAAAUUCUCUAAACAAAAAGAUCAUCCAACGGAUCUUAUUGUUCCUCAAAGACAAGCAGCAAAGAAAGCGUCAGAAAAUAUGCGAACGUCAACCACAGUGGUGAAGAAAGAUGAAUCGGUUCCUGAACAACGAGACCAAAAGCAAUCAAGCGGUGACGAUUUGAAACCGAAACCUCUAGUUAAACCUUCGAAGAAUAAAGGAAAAGAAAUUAAGGAUUCGCAGUCUUCUUCGAAAGUUAGUAGAAAGAAGUCUAAGGAGGUUGAGAAGGAACCAAUUUCUUACGUGCCGCAAAGACAAGCCGCUAAGAAGGCAGCUGCUCACAUUAAGAGCGGUUUGGGUACCAAAGUGCCUCCCACAGAGAACGAUACUGACAAAAAGAAAGAUGACAAACCGGAAAUCAAGUCACCUAAAAAAGAAAAAGAUGAGACUAAAAGUUCCAAACCUACUCAGAAGGAGAGUUCUAGUUCUUCAUCCAAUUCAAGCAGCAGCAGUUAUUCGUCCUCAUCUAGUUCCGAAGACGAACCAGAGAAACCCAGUAUUAAACCGACGGCCAAAGCGCGCGAGAUUAAACCGGCCAAUAUGACACGGCAGCCGUCAAUGUUCUCGCCACCCAGCACUAGACCUACAGUGGACUUGCCCUUUCUCGACAGGGUGUCAAGACCGCUGUCUUCGACUAGUGCCUCGAGUGAUUCUGACAGCUCUAAGGCGUCAGACGGGUCCCGAUCUGGAAGCCCAUAUCCUAAGAGACCAAGACGAAGGCGUAAAGUCAAAAGUGUGUCGAAUGAUGCGUCCCCACGCAAGGCGCCGCCAGAUAAGAAGCUUAAAACUUCCGAACGGCGGUCCGAGUGUAGGGUACCAUCACCGACUCCUGAAGGAGAGGAACCUAGCCGACCCAGUGAUGCGCGCGCUGCCACACGUGCUCGGACCAGAAGCACUACUUCAGGCGGAAAUAUGCCUAAUAAGUCUGAUGCCCGAUCUAGAAAACCAUCCAAAGACGACGCCCUUGCCGCUGGAGCCAAUAAAACUCCCAAAGAGAGCAGCCAGUCCAGUGAACUUCCAGCUGAGGAACGGAAAGAGGACGAGGCGGUGAAGGUACAGGUUAAAGAAGAUAACAAGGAGGAUAUAAAGGAGGACCAUACUGCUGAUGUUCCUAAAAAUUACGUUAAGAGUAAGACUAACAAACUCAAACGACGUAGCGAAUCUAAUGAUGAUAAAGAUAAAGUCAAUAAGACUAUUGAAGUUGAAGUUCCACCACUGCAUAAAGUGAGCCCGAAAAAGAGUAGCGAGCCUAAACAAAAGUCGUCGAUAAGCAGACGAAUGAGUGUCAAAGAAACUGCCUCAAAAGAUCGGGUACCAACUAAUGAUGUUCGAGAACCAGCUAAAAAGGAUCGUAGGCUCAGUGUGGCUCAUAGCAUUGUUGGGUUAGAGCGCCGAACCUCAGUGUCGCCUAAAAAGAAGACAAGUCAAUCCAAAAUAGAAAUAGAGAUACCGCCUAUUGAGACGAUUGAUAGUAAAAAUCCUCUACACCUUAAUACUGACUAUGACAAUGACGAUAAACAUUGGCUACCUAAAGCUCCGAGUCCGAAUGCCAUUCCACCACAGGUAGAAAAGCCCGGAGGAAAUGAGAAGUACAUUGAUGAUAAAUCUAUGGAUUCUGAUUUCGCGGAUAAGAGUAGCGUCAAAAUGAUAGCUAAAAUUCAAGCUAAUCUUAAUGAAAAUACUAUGAUCAAGUCACCUAAGACCCCGAUGGACGCGAGAACAAUAAGUAUUGAACACAUCGACACAGUUGAAAGCGUCGCACGGAACAUGAGAAAACAUUCAGCAGAAAAGAAGUUCAUCACGCAGGAUACCAGCCACGUGCAAGGCGUUGAGAUAUCUAAGAGCGCUAAGAUACCUUCCACCGCGAACCCCUAUCCGAACAGGUCGAUGUUCUCUCCGCAAUCAAAGGACAGUGAAUUCUUAGAUUUUGGUAUGAUGGCGGUCGAUGAUGGAUUUAACCACGACGAUAUCAUCAAACCGUUUGCAACUUAUCCUGAAUUCUUUUUCAAAGAAGAUUCCAAGCAAGGAGUGCAGGAAACUCUUAACUUGGUAGAUCGUCUUAGAUUUAGACUGAGCACGAAGAAAGUGCCACCUGAGAAUCCCGACCAAGAGGAGCCUAUAGUGGUGACCGAUGAAAAUGAGCAUAAAGACAACGACGUCGCUUGCAAUCUAGUGAAGGCUGAUGACGAGAAAAAUAGUUCACCUUCUAAGAAACUCAUUGCUGAAAGACCAGUGGAACCAUCACCACCCAAAGAAUUGAUACAUCACAAUGUUAACCAUGUCUCCGCACGAAUAUCUUCGUCUAUUGAAAGAGAUUUACCUUCUGGAGAUACUGCUAUGGAUGCUAAAGAAUUCCAACCGAUCGCCAUGACAAGCAACGAGAAAUGGUCCAGCGUGCCAGUAUCUGUAUCACAAUUAGACUCACAAGACAGCCAGUCUGCCAAUGAUCGCAAAUAUGACAAUUCCAACUCAUACGAUGACCCCAAGGAACCUGUCAACAUGCAGUCUGAUGUACAGUCUGUGACAGAAGAGACAGCUGACAAUAUGUCACUAUCCAAACAAAGCGAUGAUUCGCAACCUUUGUCUGUCGUUGACCAUUCGGUGCAUAGCAACGACGUGGAGCUACCGCACGAUAACCAGAACUAUGACAAUAACGAAAUGAUACACUCCGACUGCGCCACUAUAUCAUCGCCGCAGUACGUGAACCAAGACAAAUGGCGUGGAAGCAAGAUAACUACGAGACGAUCGUCGGCCUCUAGCACUAACUCAGAAGCUUCAGUACACUCUCAUAAAAACGCCUUGAAAUCACGUUUGACCGUAAGUGAUCUACGUACAGGUAAUGUAAUACCUGACAUAGAUACGUAUCCACCUAUCCCAGCGUACUCGCGGCCCGUCGAGCCUUCAAUGCCACUAAAUCAGUACACGACGUAUCCUCCUGAAGCGUCGCCUUUCCUGAGUUCUCUGCCUCUGUUUGCUGGCACAUCUGCGCUGCCCCUGCCGUCCCCGGGGCCCCUCUACAGUGCCAUCCCAUACACGGCCACUCCCCCGCUACCUCUCAAACCUGCCUUCUACAGUGCUGCCUUUACAUCUUCCUCACAGAAUAUUGCACUCACUACAGCUAUGAUUGCUCCACCGACACCAAAGCCGUUGGACUCACCGCGAGACGACAUCGAUGUGACUGGUAGUGAUAAGUUUAUACAUGUUGUGUCCAGUCCGAGCAUCAGCGUUGAUUCUUAUGAUACUAAUAGCACCAGAACUGGAACUAAGAUGUCAAAUGACAAUAGCAACGAAACCAUGGCAACUCUCAUUCCACCGGAAUCCAGAUCUCCACCAAAAUUAAGCAAAGUGACUAAGUUUCCGAGCAAGUCACCGGGAAAAAGCCCUGGUAUAUCGCCUAAACAGAGUGAUGUACCGAAAGGUACCAAGCGUCCCAGCAAUCGUAGCAACAGAAGUCAAAGAGGUCGUGGCCGCUCGAAGAGUCGGGGCCAAGGGUUCCCCGUUGACUACAUGGGCAACUCUAUUCAAAGCAAACUGGUUGGCACAGUUUACGACUUCGAUGAAGAAAUCGCGAACGAUGGUGUCGAUCUAAAAGCGCUUCGCGAUAAACGAAAAUCCAUUGAUCUUCGAGACGAUAGAAAAUCGGAACAUUCAUAUAAGGACACAUCACAAUCACCGCGUGUCCUAACUCCUCCGCCAAGUAGAAAACCUCUGACGUCUGAUAGUAAAGAUAGUAAACUGCCUCAUUCUCCUGAGCCUGUAGAUGCCAACUCGUCUCCCACGUGCUCUGAGCGCGGGGCAGGGUUUUCACAAGUCGCGCCGGUCUUACCCGGUCCUGUUGAUAUGCGCACGUAUCAACCUUUUGAAAAUCCUGCGCCUGCGACAGAAAACGCGUACCACUUGUUGGCAUUUGCCAGCGGCACUGCCGAACAGCAAUUGCCUGAAAUUGACGAAGAGGUCGAAAAACAAUUGCAUUCCGAAUUAAUGGCAAGUAAUCCCCAGACCGGUUCGCCGAGUCACCAACCGCCUGAACCUACAGUUCUUCCUAAAGAAACUUUUGUUCCACAGCUACCGAAGGUCUCAUUAUCGGACUCAAGAAAUCAAUUGAAGGUCAAAAUCAAGGGUCCGUUUCUGGACGCCAAUUAUUCAGCGAGCUCUUCGCAGCCGGUGGCGCCACCGCCGCCCGCACCCAUCAAUGAUCCCAGCACCAGCAUGAACAGCACACCCAACGCUGCAGCCGUAGCGGCGGCGUCCAAUAUCAUGUCUGGGUCCACUAACCUACGACGCAUGCGCAAGAAGGAGUUGCUGCGUCAGUACUGGACCCAAGACAUGAACAUGGACGACCAGUCCCAUAACAUGUCCGUCGGCCCAGUACCAGCACCCGCUAUUCAACCACAAAUAAACCGAACAGUCAUUACGAUACCUAAAGCAGUCGCGUCUAUGACAAGUAUUCCCACUCGAGAGGACUAUAAGAAUAGCGACAGUCCUGUUGAAAAGAAAACUAAACGUAAGACUACAAGCGGUCUUUCGAGGGAAUUGCGUCAUCUGGAAGUGAGUAUGAAUGAUGAUAUUGAUCCAUCAGACGAUGUCAAACUAUCCACAAUAGCCGGCUCGUCGGGUCCAGCUGCACACAAGCGUCGCGCGCGCGCGUCCGCUAGCAAACCUAGCCGACCGGUACCCCCUGCUGAACCAGUUGCGCCAAAACUCAAGAUUAAGAUUGGCUCCAACACUGUGCAACAGGUGCCAGCUUCAAACACUGUGACCAACGAGGAACCAGGGGGCUCGAAUAUCUAUCGCCCUCCCAAGAAACGACACUUGGCUCACAAACCUAGCCUGGAAGACCUUCGGCGCGAAAGUAUGAAGUAUCGCAAAAUGGUGAUGGCUGAUUUCGAAGAAGAUGAAAAGACUGCUAAAACGAAGCCUAAAAGUGACAAGAGUGAGAAACGUAAAAGGAAAAAGGACAAAAAAGUUGAAAAACUGCAAGUGGUGAACAGUGAAAGUGAUAGUGCGAAGUUGGUGAUAAAAAUAAAGCGUGCCAAGGAGGAGGAGGCCAGCGGGGCCGGGCAGGCGUCGAGUGCGGCGGCGGCCGAGGGCGCGGCGCCCGAGCCCGCCAUCGACCCGUUCGAGUACGACCCGUCGGCGCCCGACCCGCUCGCCAUCGACCCACCAUCCUACUCCGAGGCCACGUCUGCCAUGCGCAAGGUGCGCACGGACAAAGUGACGCCGAUCCGGUUAAAACUGGCGCGCAGCUCCGAGGGCUCCGGCUACGUGAUGAAGGAGCCGGUGGAAGGCGCGGACUCGCGGCCCGCGCUGCCUGUGAACAACAAUAAACACUGUGAAGUGAGGUGAUAUAAGCCGCGCGCUGCCGGCAGUGUGAAGCGUACUAAGGACAAACAUAAGGACAACAAAAAACGUAAGACCGUACAUUUUAAGAUUAAGAGUAAAAAACGUGGAAGAAAGGCUAAAAAUAAAAGGAAGUAAGGGCAAGGACUAAAUGAACUAUAUUACAAUAGAACAAGUAUAAAAUCUCCUGUAUAGUUAAACUAAAUACUGAUAUUGUCUGUAUAUUUUUACAACAGUUUUAUCUCUAUCAUGGUGUAGUUUAUUAUUACAUAUUAUUAUAUUAUUUAUUUGUAUAAACGGAAAGCUCAAUGAUUAACUUAAAGUUAUUCUAAGGUAUAUAAUAUUGUGCAUCAUGCUGUGCACAAGUAAAUCUUAUUAUAGUAUAGCAUAUAUAUUUUUGUUAAUGUUACUGUUUUACUUUGUGCCUCAUAUGGAAUCUCAUUAAUUUUCAUGAAUUAAUUGUGUAAUUUUUGAAAAUAAGUUAUGUAUUUAAUUAUGAACAUUUCACAAUCAUCACAUACAUUCAUUAGCGUAUCCAUAGCAUUUACACAGUACAGCAAACAAUGUAGACCCAUAUUUCAAUAUUUUGGUUCUAGUGCAGUGAGCUUCAUUGCACUGCUAUAUUUGAGGGUCGACACAGUUGGAGUGGCGGUCAGGUUGUAGUUACAUCGUAGAGACACUGCAGUCAUAACUUCUGUGUCACUAUAUCGACCAAUACUUACAAUAGUUCUUCAAACACUACUUCACAGUAAAACGACCCUCAAGCCACUCAAUGGUUGUUAAACAAAGUCAUUGGUAGACACAAUGGUGGCCAAAAUGACACGAAACUAAUCAAAUCAUGGUUCACAUUUAACCAAAGAUUGACUACAAAUGUUACUGCACGCAAAUAUGGGCAUUAAUUCUGAUAAUUUAUAAAUUUCUCAUGAUUCUUCUAACACUUUAAUGAACUCAAACUACAAUAUACACACUUGCAUACAUUGAUCUCUGUUCUGCUAAUUUUAUGAGUUGUCACAAACCUUAGGCAGUAUAAAGUACAAGUAAAAUAUGAAAUAAAAAUAAGCUGAGUGUAAAAUGAGCAGAAUGUGGGACAUUGUAACUAAAUGAGAGCUGUGUGCCAUUAAAAUAAUAACUGUGUAACGUUUUUUGCCAUCUGAUGUUAGCACUGUUCUUACUCACGUAGGAUAAUAUUGUACACGAGUCUAAGAUAAGCUAAUGAAAUCGAAUGUUAUAUUUUACUGAGGGUUGCCCGUCACCACGACCACGCACUCACCGUAGUACAACAGUUUGCCGCAGUAUUCAGACACCAUCUAUAAACCUAUUUAACUAGUGUACUGUCUUCACCUUCAUCAUUCAAAGUCAAUUACUAAGAUUUCACUUUAGUAAAACAGGUUUGUACAUAGUAUACGAAUAAAAUUGUUAGUUUUUGUUAAAAGAAAUGUUUAUGAACACAUCGCGUAGACAAUAGUUUGUAGCUGUUGCUCUUUUCUAGCGCUUUCUGGGUGUUAAUUGUUGUUGGUAAGGAAAGGUGCAAUAGAAAAGGCAACAUGUAUCAAGGCGCCGUUCUCCUCACAUAGUAUAAUGCAGUGUAAAUACUCCGCAGUUCCAAGUUUGCCUGGUCGAGUGCACGGGCCACCUUCCCACAAUAUUACCUGUUAUCCAUAUUCAUGUUGACAACUAUUCAUAAAUAUAUUUAAGGUAUGAUUUUGAACUGAAACGAACUGAUUGGAAUAUUUAUUUGAGUAAUACAUAUUUAACAUACGCUCUAUAAUGCUGGUCAUAUCUAUGGUCGUCGUCAAUGCUGAAAUGUCUAUUUUUGUACGUUACUACUUGGGACCUAUUUACAGACAAAAUCGCUUUCACAAAAAGUAAUAAAGUCAUGAUAAGUGCUUGAAAUAAUAAAAUAUGAUUAGUAAUGGCGCCAUGGAGUCGUUACACAGCGUAUGAUAAAUGUGUACGUGAUUAAUUGUGACGUGAACACAAUAAUUAUGAUUUUGUUUGUUUGUGCAAUAUUCGGCAAUACUCAUCGUAUAGUCAAAGAUUGAUUGACCGUAGAUAUGGAGUGUUAGUUUUAAGUGCAUGUCCGUUAUUCAUAAGUAUCACAGUUUCGUUCCCAUUGUAAAUACAUAAUAUAUAAUAAACGUUCUAAGGCCUUGCCCAGACAUGCGAUUGAAUCGACCGAAACAAUUUAUUUGAAGUUGGAUGUGUUCAGUUUACGCAGGAGCUAGUGUUGAAUGUAUAUAGUGAAGAUUUUACGAUACAGUUUGUUUUGUUAUGGAUUGUUUUCAUUGAUUUCAACUACGUCUGAUUCUCAAUUCUUGUCUAUUGUUUGUUUGCAGUACUAACCACAGGAAUAUCCGGAUAUUUCUAUUGAAAUUGACCAUCUCGCGUAUAUGGUAUAUCUAGACAAGGCCUUGGCAGGAGAUGAGUAAUUAGGGCCGCCCCACAUAGUACUACGACGGCGCGUGUGUAAAGCGACAGUUAGGCCACAAGGCCGCGGCCUAUCAAUGAGCUUAGUAUAAAUUUAAAUUAAUAAUAUCAAAUUUUCGUAAUAAUAAAUUAUGUAAGCUUAGUACCAAUCUGAAAUUAGUCGCAACAAUGUACCGGACUACAUGAUAACUGGAAAACAAAUUAGAACUGUUUCGAGACUCGUUCGCGACAUAUUUAUGUUUAGUGCUGGAGAGAAAUUGAUUCUCAUUUGGGAACGUUAUCACAUGACCGAAUUAGGUUGUAGGCUGUGCUUAGUUUCGCUUUAUUAUUUAUUAAAAAAAAAGAAAUCAAUUGGAAGCCGUCUCUAAAACGAUCAUCCUUCAAAUCAUGUGCACUAGUUUAUUAUGCUUAUUGUUUUUUAUACUUUUAUAUUUUUAGUAUGAGUCUAAAAUGUUUAUUUAUUACGAUGGCAGAUAAUAACACGUAAUUUAAUGAAGAUACUAACACUUUCAGUGGUUGCAUUUAACUAUAAUAGUAACAAACGAAUGGUGCCUGUAUUAUAGUAAACGGACGAAUGAUUAAACCAAUCGGAACAUUGAAAUACAAUGGUUAAAUAAUCAUCAUUAUUUUUCUAAUCAAUCAUCCAAUCUUCCAUAAGUGACGAAUUUUGUAGUAAAGAAAUCGAUAGAAUUAUGUAUAAUGUAAUAAAUACCAACCAGAACAAACCCGCAAAUGACUAAAUUAAACCAAAAAUCUUUUCGCGCUUUCUAUUCUAAAGUCUUUGGAUUCUGAUUCUAAUAAUCACAAUAUUUAGCUAACCUAUUUGUAAAUAUGCUGUUUUGUAUUAGUUAAAACGUUGAACGCUCUCCGGGAGCCUAGUUGACAUGAGAUUUAAUUUAAUACGUGAGUAAAUGUAAAUAAUAAUUACCUACCUUAAUUGUAGCUUACGUACGUUCCAGAAUGGAAGAUUUUAAUCGGUAAUAAGCAAAUAUAAAAGUAAUAUUGCUUAGUUAUUUGUGUCUAUGUAAUCAAUAACUUUAUCCAUAAUAUAAACAAAGUUACCAUACUAUUAAACUAUUUAUAUUUGUAAAUAAUCAGGUUGCAACUAUUUUCGUGGUCAGCAAUUAUUUUCUUUAACGUAAUCGAAUGCAAUCAAUAUAUAAAAAGUAAGGUAACAUAAUUUAUUUUGAUAUACUGAUAUUUUUUCACGCAGUCUCCAUUGUUAAAUGUAUGUAUAUAGCAGUCAUGGUAAUUGAUAUUAUAAUAGUAAGGCGACCAUACAUAGUAACGUUACAGUAGAGAAUAUUCGUCCUGCGGGCCCGUGGGUCCUAGGACUCCUAGGGCCAUCAAAUGUUCGACAACCCCCCGUUAUAUUAUGUACAUAGCUGUCAAUACAAUGUAUAUAAGCAUACUUCCUGCAAUCUCUAAAGGCUACCUGACUUGCUUCCAGUUUCCAUUAACUUCUCUUCGCGAAACAUUUUCGAGAAUAAUUUGUAUACCUGUGUUGCACAAACACAGUUUUUAAAACUAUUCUAGGAGUUUCUUCCAUAUUGAUUAGUCUUCAUAGAACCGUAGCUCCUUAGACACAAUACAUUAAAACGAAGCUUGUAAAUUACGACACGAAUGAAUUUACUCUUUUAAGGAACGUUAAUUGAAUUAAUUUUAAUCAGUAGUUUCUGUAUUUCUACAAGAAAAUAAUACAUAAACAUGACACGUUUUGAGAUGAAUUUGAAACAAGAAUAUUAUAUAUAAAUUGAAUCAGAGAAACGUCGUUUUAUUCAUUUUUAUUUUAACUGCAGCAAUCUGGGUGUCUUUGUGUCUACCAAAACCUUCUUUUCAUUUCAAUGGGCAAACUCCGGAUUAAUCAGGGUGGAGUUCUCGUGUUGGUCAAGGCACUUUUAAGUCUCAAUAUUUAUAUACCCAUGUAGGUUUAGGUAUCUUGUAUAAUAACUAUAAACUUUGGAAUCGUAUUUAUUGGUAGACUAGAAGAAUAACGUUAGAGUAACGCCCGCGCCCGCAGCGCCUACGUAUUUUAAAUUAAUCAAUAUCUCGCGGAGUCGCUUGGGCAGACACAACAUUCAUAUACCAGACCUUCUUAUAUUGAUAACUUUUAUAUUUAUAUAUUCGAAUUAUUUAAUAUCACAACUUCCGAAGUAUUUAGUGUUCCUGUACAUUACGGAUUUUGCCCCCCUUUCCCCACUUUGUUUGAAGCGACCCCUAAAACAGUACGGUACAAUCACAUUGUCUAUUUUCUAAAACAAUUAGUCUAAAACCCCGUGUAGAGCUUAAUAGAUCCAUUUUAGUAUUUUCGACGGAUUUUUAACUGCUUUACAUAAUAGACAAUGUGUGUGCUAACGAAACAAAAUUUGCAAUAAUAUAUCACAAAAUAAAUAACAAUAAUGAAAUCUAACGACAGCAAUAAUAGCUGAUACGUCGGCACCAUUCUUAUGAAUAGCUAGGUUUAAUUAUAUAAUCAGAUAUAAUAUGAGCAUACGAACAACCAAUCAUGUUGAAACAAAUCAUGUGAUCGAUUUCUUUUGAAUUGUCAUAGAGGAUGGUGGACAGUACCCGUGUACUGCCACCUCAGUAUGAAUCGAGCGCUGGCACCUAUUACGCCUGGAUUCGCCCAUCAAAACUCCACAUGACAUUCUCUCUUCGCAAAAUCACGUUUCCAUUCGUCUUCCUCAUAGUAUCGCUUUUUAACAGCGCUGAGCGCUUAUUCUACAUUUCUAUUACAUAGCGAAAGAGUGCAUACGCAAAAAUAUAAAGACGGGACAGAGAUGCAAAUAUACCUGACAGCCGAGAAUUGGGCAUUAUAUUAUCCUCUUUUCCUAAUCUUUUAUCUUUUUGUUAUACAUUCUCAAGUUUUGCACCCUUUGUUUAUCUCUUUAGGCGUCCACUUGCACGUACUAACUCGUACGCACAAAUGUUAAUACGAGUACCAACAUCACAUUUUUAAUAUUUUGUGUCGAUCAUUACCUUGUUACUGUGAUUUGUUUUAAUUUAUAUAAUAAAUCGAUUAGAAUUUUUAGAUAUAAUUUUUGUAUUUUGAGAUUCCGACUGCAGGGAAUAAAAAACACAUGAUAAUGUACAUAUAUUUUAUGUUUAAAUUUCCUCUGUUGAUAAAUAUUUUUUUAAUAUAAGUAAUUGUAUGUAAUUUUUAAAUAAUUUGUCGAUAUGAAUAACAAUGAAUAACGAAUGUAUUUUUUUCUUAUUUUAGAAAAGUUAUUAUUGGUACGCUGUAAGCGCAUUUUGUAAUGAGUAUUUUUUAGUUUAUCGAGUAAAUAGUGAAGUUGUAUGGAAUUGUAAUUUGCAAUGUAUAAUUGUAUAUUGUAAUGUGGUAAGGAUGCGUGUUAUUGAGAUGUUUAUGUAUUACUUACAUGUAUGAUAUGUACGUGACGCGCGAUGUAGUGAACAUAGAGCGGGUCGCUGCCACCCUCUGAUAGGAUGUUACUGCAACAGUUGCAGCGAGUAGCGCAGUGCGUAGGUAGGCAAGUUGGACGGCCGGCGUCUGUCUGGUCUGCACGGGCGAGACCAUUGUGUUAGCCAUGGCUGAGCGUCGCGCACCAGUCAUUAGCUUAUAGAGAAAAUUCGAUACAUAUAUUAACUAUAUUAUUUAUAUUGUAGACUAUAUAAUCAGUUAAGUAUUAGAUAUAAGAGAUUACAUUUAAUUCUUAUACCAUUAUCCGUAUAAGUAUUAUGAUCAACAAUUUUUCCAUUGUUUUAAAUUAAUGUUGUUAGUAUAAAUAAUGUAAGAGUAAGAUUAAACUUGUACAAACUACUUAUGUACAGCGUGUAAAUUAAGAUGAUGCUAAUACGGCGGCUACGCCUGGCCGAGAGAGGAAUAGAUGUAUCGUGGGUUUUGUAAAUAGUGUACAAGUAUAGUUAUUGUAAUAUAACAAGUGUUUUCAAUGUGCACAUAGUCGCCUCAUUCAUUAAUAAAUUUUUUAGAUCAAUUAA